UUAAUGUUUUUUUCUGUGUUUUUACGCCUCGGCCACAGGCAGGCAGUUGGAGUUCAUCGGCUUACGCGACAUCACUCCAAGGUACGCUCGCUGAUGUCGUCUACCGUAGUGUAAGCUUGUCGCAUAAUCAAACAUCGGGCAAGCAGCUGCUUGCGUGAACCACCAAGAUGUUGGAACAAGGUACACUCACCACCGUCAACGAAUCCACGCCCGGCGACACGCUGGUCGACAGUGAGGUGUACGGCAGUGUGGUGUACGGGGAAGAGUCCUACACCUCGCUACCGUCGGCACCAUCCUCCCUGCCGCACCAGCCGGACCAGAUGCCCUUGAGCGAGUUCGAACUGCUCGAAGCGCUGCUCAACUCGUCCGCGGGCGGACCGAUGGGCAGCUUCUGGAACGCGUCCGCCACCGAAACGCCCUACACACCGUACGAGCUGCGGCCCGAGACGUACAUCGUGCCGAUACUGUUCGCUGCCAUCUUUAUCAUCGGCGUGCUCGGCAAUGGGACGCUUAUAAUCGUGUUCCUCAGGCACCGGGCAAUGCGCAACGUUCCCAACACCUACAUCCUAUCGCUGGCCUUAGCCGACCUGUUGCUGAUCGUAACGACCGUGCCGUUUACGUCCAUCAUCUACACGCUCGACUCGUGGCCGUGGGGCAGCCUGCUCUGCACGUCGUCCGAGUUCAUCAAGGACGUGUCGAUCGGCGUGUCCGUGUUCACGCUCGUAGCCCUGUCCGGCGAUCGGUUUUUUGCCAUCGUCGAUCCGCUCCGGAAGUUUCACGCACACGGUGGGGGACGGCGUGCCACACGGAUGACCAUCACGACGGCGGUAUUAAUUUGGCUGCUGGCCAUCGCGUUCGCCGUACCGGCCAUCGUUGGAUCACACAUCAAGACCGUCGUCGUCAACAAGGACGUGUCGUUUUACUUCUGCUAUCCAUUUCCGGACGAGUGGGGCUCCCAGUACGCCCGGGGGAUGGUGCUGGGCAAGUUUCUCGUCUACUACGCCGUGCCGCUGUUCAUAAUUGGUAUCUUCUACGCACUGAUAGCGCGGCAUCUCAUCCACAGCGCCAAACACGUACCGGGCGAGAUGCAGGGCACCGUGCGACAGAUCAAAGCCCGCCGGAAAGUGGCCAUCACCGUGCUAGCGUUUGUGGUCAUAUUCGGUAUCUGCUUCCUGCCUUCGCAUCUGUUUAUGCUGUGGUUCUAUUACAAUCCAAAUUUCAACGAAGAUUACAACGGGUUCUGGCACGUGCUGCGAAUAGUGGGCUUCUGUCUUUCGUUCGCCAACAGCUGCGCCAAUCCUGUGGCUCUGUACUGUGUGAGUGGUGCCUUCCGGAAACAUUUCAAUCGGUAUCUUCUGUGCGAUGGCAGCUCCAACAGUCGGCGACGGCACGGAGACAAUCUGGCACCGAGAGACACGUCCCUCACCAGCACCAUGUCCCGCCGUUACACCAGCAAACGGAUGCAAUCGUUACGAAUAAACAUCCAGGAGACGACGAUCGUGAUGAUACCGAACGGCAACUCCAAAACCGACGGUGCCGUGCUCGAGAAGGAAAUGGUCUGUUUGUCGUAACAGCGAAAGCACCAUCUAGCGGGCACCGGAAACCGACCGAAGGGUGUCCCAAGGCUAGCCACGACCCACGAGCUGCCGUCGGACGAGCACACCGAGGGUGGCAAUGGCUGUACCGGCAACGGGACCGGCAACGCUGACCAAGAUUUGUGGCCCACCAAAGGGGCGACAACCUGCGACCGGAAGGUGCCGACCGUCGGGUUUCGGUUGCCCCCGGGCCGUUCCGCCGUACGACCACGGCAGACGUGCGAAAUGAGCAAGGUUUGAUUUACGACACCUCGGUCGACAGCGCAGCUCGUUGUGUGUGUGUAUGUGUGUAGGUUGGGCUUAGCUGGGCGUGUAUGUAUGUGUGUAUGUGUGUGAGUGUGUGUGUAAAUAAGUAAGCAAGACUGUCCAUCUUCAAAAUCGGAAGAUAAUUGUUAAGUGUUUCGGAGAAGCUUUGCGGUUGAGUAAUUGGGAAGCAUACAUGACCGGCAGCCAUAUUGGGUGUGGGUAAAAAUGUUUGCGCACUAUUGUGGACAGUAAGGUAAGGCGAAUGUAAACUCUGACAUGAUCGAAUACGUCACGUUUUUAGAAUGUGUGUACUAUUAACCCAGAUGCUAUAUGGAAUUUGUUUUAGCUUUACUCUAUCAGAGCUUUUAUUGCGCCUAAAGUUAUGCAAUCGGCAUGACCAGAUUGCGCUGUUUAGAAU